AGCCAGAAAGCAGCGAAGGAGGAGGCCGGGAGUCUCCGGGUAUCCUGGCAACGCGGUAUCCAGGCAACGCGGUGUCCUGGCAAUCCGGUGUCUGGGCAACCCGCGACGCACAUGCGGCCCCAAGCCCCCUACCCCUGGGCUCCUCCACCAGUCCUCGGCAGGACGUUAGGUUGAGGUUGGUGGAUUGAACCGGUCGCCUCUUGGUGAAGGCCUUGAAGGGAGUUCUGGGUUUCCCAAAAAAGACGCGGAAAAGGAUCCCUGCUUGCAAAGAUCAGGGGCUUCUGGACCCAGAACUGCCUGCUGGGAGGAGGAUAUCUCUGACUCAGACCUAAUCCCACCCUCUCAACUUUGGAUGGCUUGUGGAGGUUCAUGGCUUCCCUCCAUCUCAAGAGCAGCCUGUGGCAGAGAGCUGGAGAAGAUUCGAGAGGAGGGCAACUUCAGUGUGACCGAGGCACAGAGGAGAUACAGUGGUACCCACAAUGAUCUCCCAGGGUCCAAGCGAUGCUCUGCCAGUGCGACAUACCCCAGUGGGAGUGCCAGCUCCUCACCCUCUACAAGAAUGGGUCUGAGGGUCAGUGAGCCUCCAGGCCUCCUUGGAGCAAGUGCUCAGCAGGUCACUGCUGCAGAUCUUGGCCGGGAGUCCUCCCCCUGCUCAUCCUCCUCUUCCUCCUCCUCAUACUCCCAUCGCUCCCUGGAAGCCAUGGCACCCGAGGUCCAUGAGGCCCAACAGCCUGCAGAGUUCAGCCUGCUCAGGCUGCAGACAAAAGAUGGACACCGACCUGAGUGGACGUUUUACCCAAGGUUCAGCAGCAAUAUCCACACCUACCACGUCGGGAAGCGGUGCUUCUUCAAUGGGGUCUUUCUGGGCAACAGGCGGUCCAAGUCUGAGUGGACAGUGGACAAGCGCCUCGGGAGGAAGAGAUACGACAUUGAUCCCCGCAAUGGAAUCCCAAAAUUAGCCCCAGGGGACAAUCCAUAUAUGUCCCCGGAACAGAGUCAAGGCUUCCACCAGGCAGGGUCCACUCUGGCGCCUGUGAACUUUUCCUUAGUGCCGUACCAGAAGAAGUUUGACACGUUUAUUCCACUCGAGCCUCUUCCACCAACUCCCAGCUUGCCUUUCUGGGUGAAGGAGAAGGCCAACCAUCUGAAAAACCAGAUAAGGGAAGUUGAAGAGCUGGAUGACUGGCAGCCUGCAGCGCCUUUAAUGCAGGGUUUAUUGCCAUCUGGUGCAUCAAGGAACUUUCAAAGAACAUUGUGAACACUAGCAGCCCCUGGAAGAGCAGGUGUUUGAUAGGCUUUAUCCUGAGAAAUGUGAGAGAGGUCCCCAGGCAGAUGUGAUGGCUGUGCCUUCAGAGUCACCUGUAGUGGUUGGUGACAGUUACGCAGAAGAUGCCACCUCUAACCUCGUCCCUGGAUCUGCAGGUGUGGACAUCUCGAGGUAAAGCUAAGCAGACCUGGCUGCUGCACCCUGGUGAGCCUUUCCAGUGGCUGGGGCUGACCAUGUAACUGUUUUUAAUUAAAUGUUGAAUUCUAAUGAAGAA